AUGAGGCAUUGCUCAAACGGCCAGUUCGGAGCUUCGUUGGAUAGGGCUAGUCCUGGCUGGCGUCCGGGGAAAGGUUGCGUGGAUGUGGAUGCUAGUCGAGAUCAAUUUGCAGGGCUCGAGAUUGCUGGUACGGUGCUCCGUACGAGUGCAGGCAAGCUCGCAACUUGGCUACAUGUGCUAAGAGAUCCAUGGAUGGCAUCGAAGCUUUUUUGUUCGGCGCCGCUGUGGUCUUCGAGCUGCCUGAGCGAAGGGUCAAGGAGGCCAUCGUGUCGUUCGUCUUUGAUUCCCGAGGGAUCGAAAGGCACAAGUGCUCAUGUUCCUUGUUCGGACACGCCACCACCUGGUACCCGUCCCAAACAUGUACAAGCACUGGCCUGGCUCGUAACCUCCUCGCGAUGGUACCAAUCUUCCAUGGCGGUGCCACUCUACCUGGCACUUUCGAGGCUGUGGCACAUUCAAGGCCCUGAAGCGAGGGAGUGGUUCAACAGGCGCCACGCAGCCAGCCAGCCGGUUCUGUACAUGUACCUGCACUGUAGUCAUCCAUCCGUUGAUAUGGGAUGGAUCAAUGUCUUCACGUUGUCAGCGGUCAGCGGUCAGCACCGUGCUGAGGUUACAUGUAGGCGUUGCGUGAGCUGCCGUUGCUUGGAUACACGUUGUACCUAUGGCAUCGACGACAGGUCGAGCGUACAUGUAUGCAAAUGUGAAUAUGGAACAGACACGUCGACAACAUAUGCCCCGUUUGCAGGCAAGCGUGGAAAGCAGCCCGCCCUGAGCACGAAUUUAGGUGCGGCUACAGGCACUGCUAGCGUGUUCAAGCGGCUUUAG